AUGGUACCAAAAAGUUCUAACAUUAUCAGCAAAACAAGUGGUUUUUAUUUAGUAACCAACGAAAUUUUACAACAAAUAUCUGAAAUAAAACAAAAUGAAAUUAGUUUAAUGAAUUUAUUUAUUCAACAUACAAGUGUUUCAUUAUCAAUUAAUGACAAUGCUGUACCUGAUGUACGUGUUGAUAUGGAAAUAAUAUUGAAUAAACUUGUACUGAAAUAUAAUUCUUAUGAACAUUUAGAUGAAGGUACAGAUGAUAUACCAGCACAUGCAAAAUGUUCAUUACUCAAUUUAUCAAUUAAUAUUCCUAUUACAUCAGGACGUUUAGUUUUUGGUACUUGGUAA